AUGAACUACAUUGUUCGUUCCACCGCUCAAGGUGCUGCCAGCACUGGAGAGGAGCGGAGUUCUCCUGGUCCGGUCAUCGUUUUAGAGAGAAGAUCAUGUGAUGUUGCGGUACCUAGUGUUGAAGUCCACCGCCAAAGUCUGCCCCCCACGAUCGAUCGCAUUGUCACCCCAGGCUCGAAGAAGCCGGAACACACCGACAUCGAGGUCGCCGUCAAGAGAGAGCCUAUUACCGAAGGUGAUUCCUCCACCCAGUCGCCCAGGAACAUUUAUUUCUUCAAGAGAAUGGUGGACGGCCGCCCCCACUUCGAUGCUCUGCAAGAAAUUGGUUCAGGUCGAACGCAGCUGAGUGACGAACAAGCGAAUACCGAGUACGCGCUUUGGGAAACUGAACAAGGCGAUUUCAUCUACAAGCAGUCCGGGACCGACUUUCGAGUGCUGAAGUGUAUCGGAAACGCUGAGUAUCGGGGCGAGGAAGGAGACGCCCAAGUGAAGCACAAGUUCGCCACCAAAACCUUGGGCUUCAUCGCCAUUAGGGGUUCAGAUUCCUCAUUGGAUGUUCUCAAGCUCGCUGUGAGCGGUACAUCAUUCAUUCCUCUCCGGGAGUCGAAAGACAACUUUCUCUACCAUGCGCGAUGGCACCGACGAGUGAAGAGAAUGGCUCGACACCUCGGUCUCAACCUUCGAACCUUCUACGAUGGCGCCGGCAAGCCGAUGACGGCAGAUAAUUGCGGCAAUUGGAGAGCAGGUCAUAUCGAAAAGAAACUCGCCACAUUUAUGGUCUAUGCGAUGGUGUUCGCCCACGGUAUCAAGCCAGCAGACAGCCACGACAUCUCUCUCAAGGACUUGAAUCGACUUCGUCAACGCCUCCGAUACCAAGGUCUCGCGCCUCAUUACGAAAUCCAUAUCAGCAGAGCGCCGUGCGGUACGCCUCGGCGCCCCGGCCAGUGCAUCCCAACACGACCGGUGAAUAAGGAACUUUCCGCUCUUCAUUCUCAAGAGUAUCUUGCUGUCUCCAGUCUCAGCAGCGACUACGACAGCGAGGAGGAGGAUCUGCUAGUUCACCUUGCCGAAGCCGAGGGCCGCAAAGACGACAUUGUGUAUGACGGAUUCGAGAUAGCAGAAGACGAGCCUCGCACCUACGAUGCUUGCGCUGCUGAUGACGAUGAGGCCGAAACAACUGACUCGGAUUCUUCCCCCCUGCCUCAGCAGCACAUACCCCCUGAAGUUGCGACCAAAUUUGGCGAGAACCUGCGGGCGAAAUUUACUCGAAAGGAGAAGCACACCACAGAAUCGACCCCCGAGACUACCGAAAGCACUGAGAGUGUCGAAGAAAUUGAGCGAGAACUGUCUUACGUUGAUCUCGACCGCCCGCCUUCGCAAAGCCAGUACUGGGAGGCCCCUGCUACCGCGUCCACCGAUGUAGCACGGCCGGUGCGCAGAGGUGCAUCAAAGGCCGACUCCAAAAUGAGACGGUCUCUCAAAGUGAAGAAGAGGAGGGCAAAGGCGCUCGGGAAGAAACAUUCAGGUAAUACCCAGACGCAGAACGCUGUGCUUUUAGGCUGCUGGCUGACAGCAUGCUGGACCAGGGGGCUCUGUUUUUGCGGCUCGCCUGGGGGCGAUACUCGGCUCAAGUCAGCGGAUUGGUUGAUGCAGCUAGCAGAUUAG